AUGAAAAUUAAGACAGGAAGACAGGGACUAGCGGGAAACAAGGGAGAACAUCAUGAUGAACCGCUUACUCCGACGGCGCGUUUGUUUACAGCGCCAGAGUUCAACUGCUACACCACUGCGGUGAUUGGCGUGAAGAGCAAGAUCAAUCGAGAUGUGUUUGUCGAAGGACUAGAGCAAACUUUGGUUAAACAUCCACGUUUCUCCAGCAUAUUGGUGAAUAACAACGGACGAGAACAAAAAUGGGUUCGUACGAAGGUGGUGGCCGAGGAUCACGUCAUCGUUCCCAAAAUAGAGCUAGAGAACGCAAACGCAGACGGGUUUCUGGAGAGUUACGUUUCCGACCUUACUACGAUCCCGUUGGAUACGUCGAAGCCAUUAUGGGAAGUUCACUUACUUGACUUGACAACGUCAGACGCUCAAAACGUCAUCAUUUUAAAAAUUCAUCACUCGGUUGGUGAUGGUAUGUCUCUGAUGUCUCUAGUCCACGCUUGUACGCGCAAAACAUCAAACCACGAUGAACUCCCAAGUUUACCUAAUGAGAACCGGAGGUCGACAUCAAAAUCAGUGGCCGGUUUUCCCCGGUUAUUAUUGAUGGUUAUGUUGGUGUGGAAUACGAUUUGUGAUGCAUUGAAGUUUAUUGCUACGACAAUGUUUCUUAAGGACACUGAAACGCCCAUGAAAGGCGAUUUCCGGUUAAGAAAGAGUAAGCGGAUGUGUUUGGUUCAUCGUACCGUAAAUUUUGAAGACAUUAAGCUCAUCAAGAACGCCAUGAAGAUGACAGUCAACGAUGUUCUACUUGGAGUAGCUCAAGCUGCUCUCUCGCAGUAUUUAGAAAGAAGAUACGGUGAAAAGGAGAAGAAAGCAGGAGAACACGAAUCUAAAAUGAAUUCAAGUAAUAUGCUUAAAGAAAUAAGGCUAAGGGCAUGUCUGCUCGUAAACAUAAGACCUACUACUGGAGUUCAGGAUCUAGCUAAUAUGAUGGCUAAAGGAUCUAAGUGUAAAUGGGGAAACUGGAUCGGCUAUAUGCUCUUUCCAUUCUCUCUUGCAUUACACGAUGACCCGUUGGAACAUCUCCGAACAGUCAAGUCGAUCAUUGACAAGAAGAAGAACUCGUUAGAAGCUUUGCUAACCUUCACCUCUACUAAAAUCCUAAUAAAAUUGCUUGGAGUUGUGAGGGCGGCUAGUUUAACAAGCAGAACAAUAUCAAACACAACUAUGUCGUUUUCAAACUUGGUUGGUCCUAGUGAAGAAGUUAGCUUAUUUGGGCAUCCCAUCACCUACAUAGCCCCGAGUGCUUAUGGACACCCCCACGCGUUGACAAUGCAUUUUCAAAGUUAUAUGAAUAAGAUGACUAUUUCUUUAACCGUGGAUCCAACGGCCAUUUGUGAUCCUCAUCAGCUAUGUAAUGAUUUGGAGGAAUCUCUAAGAAGCAUCAAAGCCGCUGUCCAAGAAAGAAGUUCUACUCAAUAA